AUGGGUCUCUCACUCUCGCGUAUAUAUGGGUCUCUAUCCUCACUAGCAUUCUGGGGUAAAGAUAAGGAAGUUAGAAUAUUAAUGGUUGGUUUGGACUCGGCUGGUAAAACCACUAUAUUAUAUAGGUUGCAGAUCGGUGAGGUGGUAUCUACUAUACCCACAAUCGGAUUCAACGUCGAGACGGUAUCAUAUAAGAAUAUAAAUUUCCAAGUUUGGGAUUUGGGUGGUCAAUCUAGUAUUAGACCUUAUUGGAGAUGUUAUUAUGCUAACACUCAGGCAAUAAUCUACGUGAUAGAUUCCUCGGACGUCUCCCGACUACCCACCUCACGUUCCGAGCUCUUAACGAUGUUAUCGGAGGACGAGCUGAAAUCCGUCCCCGUACUGGUAUUCGCCAACAAGCAAGAUGUAGAGGGCGCGCUGAGCCCAGGUGAGAUAAGUGAUAAACUAGGUUUGGCAGGUCAGGAAAAGGGAAGGGAAUGGAGUGUGAGAGGAAGUUGCGCGACGAAAGGUGAAGGUUUGGAAGAAGGUUUGGAUUGGUGA